GAUGCCUUUUUUUGCAAGUUGGUGAGGAAAGGCUUCUUCCUCACGCGGCCAACAACCAACAUUCGCUUGGUUCGACCUCCCACCACAUACUAAUUUCGCCAUGCCUCACUCCUUCGGUCUCAGGGCUCGCACCAGGCACCUUUUCUCCCGGAACUUCCGUGAGAAGGGUUCCAUUCCCCUCUCCACUUACCUUAAGAGCUACAAGGUUGGAGACAUUGUGGACAUUAAGGCCAACGGUGCUGUCCACAAGGGUAUGCCCCACAAGUUCUACCACGGAAAGACCGGUAUCAUCUACAACGUGACCAAGUCUUCGGUCGGUAUCAUUGUUCACAAGCAAGUGGGCAACCGGUACAUUGAGAAGCGUGUGAACAUUCGUGUGGAGCACAUCAAGCACAGCAACUGCCGAUUGGACUUUUUGCGCCGAGUCAAGGCUAACGCUGCUGCUAAGAAGGAGGCGAAAGAGAAGGGUGUCUCUUUCAACUUAAAGCGUCAACCCGUCGGACCCGUCAAGGCCCACCACGUCUCCACCAAGAACAACGCCCCCACCACCAUCACCCCUGUCCCAUACGAAGCCCUUGUGUAAUCUUUUUUGCUGCAUUGCAUAGAUAAACCAUUAUUGUCCUGUCCAUGUGCUGUUCAUUUUGCUUUGCAUGUGCCUCUCUUUUUCGGAGCUCGAGAAUCUCCGGGAAGUCACUCGAAAUUGGUGCCGUGAUGCCGCUGAACAAGUGUGGGACUUUCGAGAGCAUAUUGAGACUUCGGCUUGGAGCAGCCACCCAUUGGGUGCAAAGCUGUAUCAUCGUGGACGACUAUCACCCAACCCCUUUUCCGCCGUACCGACCUCAACCUGAAGCCGGCUGCA